AUGGCAAGCUUCCUGAGAGGUAAGCAGGCAGGCAUGCAGAAUGACCUGUCUGCGAACAUCUUGCCGGGGCUGUUCGCCCCAGAUGAACGUUCCCGAUAUGGGAUCAAUUCUCAGAUUAGUUGUGUGGCCUAUGACCCUGUCCAGUCCCUACUCGCCGUGGGAACAAAUGAAUCUAGGUUUGGCAGUGGAAAGAUUUAUGUAUUCGGCCAAUCCAGAGUCCAAAAAUUCCUCGUCCCUUCGCGGUCACGCUCUUUUGCGGACAUCCACUUCUGCGCCAAUCGCCUAAUCAGUCUCGACUCUCAGAACGAGGUGACAAUCUGGGAUCUGGAUGCUGGCGCCAGAUUGACUAGCUUUCAAGCUCCAGGCAUUGUCGCGUGCAUGCUAACUGAUCCUAUGCUCGAUUGGUGUUUUAUUGGUCUUCAAACUGGCGAGAUUUAUGCAUAUGACCUCGACCGCGAACGCUUAUCACAGUUUCGCCUACCAAACUUUUGGACAGACAGGGAUCCUCGGGCCCGGGCUGUCACCAUCGUGUCGCUACAGCUGCAUCCCCGUGACGUUGGGAAACUAUUGAUAGGUUAUAGCCACGGUGCAGUCAUUUACUCCUUCAAGCAAAACCAGGCUACCAGAUUUUUUGAAUACCAAAUUCCUUCUGGUGCACCAGGCGGCAGUCACCAGGCUGUUGAUACCCUGAGAAAGCCCAAGCUCACCCAUGCCUUGUGGCAUCCCACUGGCACAUUUGUGCUCACUGCGCACGAUGAUGCGAGUCUUGUGUUUUGGGACACUUCAAACGAUGGGCGUUUGGUUAUGGCACGCACGCUAUACGAUUUCAACAUAGACCAACCCUUACCUCGUUCAGAAGAAUCCGCGCCAAAGCACCCUUACUCGAAGAUAGCUUGGUGCUGCAAGCAGAACCCAGAAGAUUCCGCAUUGUUAGUCGCCGGUGGCCAGACUCUGGACGGCCCUCCGUCGGGGCUGACUUUUAUCGAACUUGGAGUCACACCGAACUAUGCCACUUCUUCAUGGCAGAUCCUAGCAGACUACGUCAAGGGUAAGAAGCGAGCCACCAUUGAAACCCCAGCUGGUGCUGAGGUAGUCAACUUCUUCCUCAUUCCCCGGGCAUCGCCAUACUUUUCUGGCGCCCAAGACCCGAUCGCGAUACUAGCUUUAUUAUCGUCCGGCGAAAUCAUCACAAUGAGCUUCCCGAGUGGGUAUCCGAUUUCUCCAACAAACCAGCUUCACCCAUCGCUUUCAUUCGUGCACCCCUUUGCUACAAAAAUCGCAAGCUCUACACUAAGCCGCGACAAAUGGCUUGGUAUGGUUGAGAAUCGGCCUGCGGGCGAGCCUAUUUUGAAAGGUGGUGCUGAAGCAAUUCGAUCACGGCGGCGUUUUGAAGGUCGGACUAUCAUUCAAGUUGCUUAUGCUGAUAGCACUGUGCGAAUCUGGGAUGUCGGCCAUGGGGACGAAAUUGAAAACCCCAAACAACUUCAAAUUGAUGUCGCCAGAGCUCUCAAUCGAUUCGAAGAUGUGACUAUCACUGCAAUGAGCAUGGCUGCAGAAAGUUCAGAAUUUGCUGUCGGCACUAGCAAGGGAGAGGUUGUGAUAUAUAGGUGGGACACUAACAAAUUCUACGGACAGGCUGCAAACCAAGAGCUACCAUCCAACCCCGGUGGACUUUCAGAUAUCAGGGCUAGGUCAGAGCCGAACCUCAAGAGUGGCUUGCAGCCACUCUCAUUGUACGAGAUGAUGCAAGGGCCGAUAAGUGCUGUAAAGGUAUCCGACGUAGGCUUUGUUGCAGUUGGUUCCGAGAAUGGAUUUCUAAGCAUUAUUGAUUUGCGAGGGCCUUCAGUUAUGUUUCAAUCCUCUAUAGCCGAUUUGACUAAGUCGGAGAAGAAGUCCUCGUUCCUGAAGAGCCGCUCAAGCGUGUCAACCAACAAAGACUGGCCGAUGGUUAUUGAGUUCGCAGUCAUGACACUGGAUGAUGACAAAUACUCAAGCAUAUGCUGCUUCAUCGGAACCAAACUGGGAAAAGUUAUCACCUUGAGAAUUUUGCCUUCUGGCCCAAGUUUCAAAGCUGAGCCCGCCGGAAUAGCAACCUUGAGCGACGAGGUAGUCUCGAUUUGCCCGAUCAUUGCUGACACUGGAAAGCCAGCUGCAGCGACCGGCCACGCUGUCGCUGGCCUUCGAGAAGGCAGGCACGUGAACGGCUUGCUCGUUGUUGUCACACAAACCGAAGUUCGCAUCUUUAAACCGGCUACUGCGAAAGGUGCAUCAAAGUCAUUCAGUGAUUGCCUAUGUAGUUCUGCUGCGGUAACCGAAUUCGAGUUACAUGGAAUGGCGCUGGUUGGUGUAUUUGGAGAUAGACAGACACGAGCCUUUAGCCUGCCUGGACUCAAGGAGAUAGGCAAUGCUCCUCUGCCUAUGAUUGACGGAGCCCGUAUCGCAAAUUCACUAGUAACCGAAGAUGGUGAAGUCAUCUGCUGGACGGGUCCGUCUGAACUAGCAGUACUGCAAGUAUGGGGAACGGGCCAGGCACUAGAGAACGCCGCGGAUAGGCUCAUUAACCCUGACCUCACAAUUCCCCCGCGUCCGACUAUCUCAAAUAUGCAGUGGAUCUCGGGCACGCAGUACAUAUCCCCGGCAGACCUUGACCUCUUAAUUGGUGGCCCAGGGAGACCUCCCAGCAAACGAAUGCUUGCAGCCUCAGAGGCGAUGGAACAUCAGGCUCGAGCUGGACCAUCAAGCCCAAGUCAAGAAGGCUGGGGUGAUUACCUAACCCGACAAUUGAAUGAGCGCACCGAGAAGCUAAAUAUCAUGAAUGACAGCAUAGAUAAUAUUGCAGCAAGUAGCCAGAAGUGGUCUGAGGAUGCAAGCAAGUUUGUUAGCAGCCAGAAGCGGAAGAUGUUCUUAGGGUCUAUUACGAGCAAAUUCUCCUAG